CCCCACAAAGCUCUGAGUCCCAUAACUGUCUCUACAAAUUCUCUUGAGUAAUUCCUUUGUUUAAGCAUUUCACAUUUUCCCUUCAAUUUCUGGUACUAUUUUCAUAUCCUUUUACAAAAAUGGAGGCAAUGAAGAUGAAGAUGUUCGUCGUUGCAGUCAUGGUGAUGAUGGUGACCAUCUCCGCCGUGAAGGGCGUCGGUGCCGCUGAUGCUCCGGCACCUGCUCCAGCGUCCGAAGCAGCCAUUUUCGUCCCCACCUUCUUCGCUUCCUUUCUCGCCCUUGCAUUUGCUCUUAUCUUUUGAGCUACUUGUUUGGACUUUAUGAGUAUGUUUUUGGUAAUUACUGUUUGUGGGUGGAUUUGGAGUUCUUGCUUUGCGACUUUUGACGAAUCUUCGUUAAUCUAUUUAUUUAUUUCCAAAUGUUAGUAAUAUGUAUUUCUGGGUAAUAUAAUGGGAAAUUAGGGAAUAACCCAUAAAUAUCUUGACUCUGGUCUGGAGUUUGGUGUUCAACUUUUAUUUAAGCAUUUUCUAUUUUUAUAAUUCCAUUUUUUGCUUUGUUCA